AUGGAUUUCGUGCAUAUGGGGAAGAUUGAAAUGCUAUGGAGUGGUAUUUUGGUAGAACAAGGAACAUAUUCAAUUACUAUCCCCUCAGGAGGUCAACAACCACAGCCACAGAGUCAACAACAGGUCAUUUACACACAGCCACAACAGACUGUGUACACUGCACCACAGCCAGUACAACAGAGGGUAGUGUACUCCCCACAGCAGCAGCACCAACAGGUGUUUCAAGUUGGUCCCCCUCACCCUCAGCAGGUUGUGUUUGCAGGAAGUACGGCUGUGAAGCAACAGCCAGCACAGGCACAGCAUCCACAGCAAAUUCUGUUACAUCAACAGUUAACGCAACAACAAUUAUUACAACAACAGCCGCAGCAGUUUGUGUCAACACCAAACCAAAGACUGCAGCAACAACAACAACAAAGUCAGCAGCAGGUACAGCAGUUGCCCUUGCAACAGCAUCAACAACCACAACAGCUCAUUCAACAAGGACCUGCUCAGCUUCAGCAACAUCUUGUACUACAACAGCAGCAGCUUGUGUCACAACAGCCUCAGCUUCAACAACAGCAGUUACUCCAAGCUGGGCAGCAGUCAUCUCAACAGAUCACAUUCAUAGAACAUAGACUUGAAGAUGAAAAGGGUUGUAUGCACAUAGUACGAACCCCAAUUAGUGUCAGUAAUGUGCGUACCAAGUCCCCAGUACAGGUGGGUGGACAGACAGCAUUGACUCAAUCCACACCUCUGUUACCAACACACCCGUCUUCGCACCACGCAUCUGCAGUGCUAGGUGGACCAGGGUUACGUGCAGCCACUCCUCAACCUGCAACAUCCGUAGCCGUAGCUUCAACUAGGACUCAGGGUCCCAGACUACAGCGAAACAGUCCUUUACAAAGAUAUCCCACUCCUGUCCUGCAGCAGCAACAGCAACAGGAUGAACAACAAGCUUCUUACCAAGAUCAGUUUUUAAAGCAGAUUGAAAACAGAAUACAAACUCAGCAGAAGACUAGUGGCAGAGCCAAGGUAAACAAUCCCAAUACUACACAGCAACGUAGGAUGCUCUCGCAGCAACUGGGGAACCAACAACAAAAGCAACAGGUGGCAGGAGUACAUGUAAGCCAGUCAUUAAUAUCUGGUGUCACAAAUUUCCAAAGUACAGCAGCUUCUUCCCAGCCACAACAACAAGAACAUCAACAACAGAAACAGACAACAAUACAGAACACAUCACCAACCAAAAAGUUAUCUUUAAAGCAGUACCGUAAGCGGGUGUCCGAGGACCUAAAGCAACAGCAACAGCAACAGAAAUUGGUGGCACAGAUCCAGGCAAGGGCCCCCAAUGAAGAAGUCAGAAUACCUCUGGCAGUAAACAACCAGUUGAAACAGCAAUAUCUGUAUGUGCAGCAGUCUAAUGGAAAGAAGGUGUUAGCGGUGGUUCCUCUCAGUCAGACUGUAACGACAGCAGUUUCCCAACAGGCUCCUACUUCUACUUUAACUACCUCAGUGACAUUUCGUGGUAACUUAAAGUGUUUCUCUAGCAGGACCCCACAGUUCAUCACUUCGUCUGCAGGCAGCAAUCCAGUGUUUACAGUAAAGCAUGAAGAUGAAGUCUUAAUGUCAGGAAUACCACCAGGAUCCAAGUUACAAUCUCCCUCCUCGUCCUCCACAUCCUCCUUGUCAUCCACAUCUAUAGCUGUUUCUUCAUCUGGCAUUGCUUCCACAAACUCAUCGACGUCUCCUCCAAUUCAAGAACAAACUGUCCAUUCGACAAUAUCUUCAGAACAAACAGACAAGGGUCCAGCGGAUAAACCGCGAUUUAUAGCUGGACGUAUAGCUGUGUGCACGAACUGUGGUAUUUUAAGUGAAGACCUAAAUCGCUGCCAAAGGUGUAAUCGUAGGUUACCAGACCACGUGCGGACUGUUUCCUCGACCACCACCACCACUACUUCCACCAAGACUUCCACUUGUGAUUCAGUGGCUAUUUCUAACAGGGGGAUUUCACUUUCAUCGCACUUUACUAAACAGGAAUUCUAUGGAAAGACAGGAGGUGGGGCAAGGAAAGGAGUUGAAAAAAAAUCUGCUUCGCCGUCUGCCCAGAAGUCAAAAGGAAGAGGGCGGGGGAGAGGCAAAACCUACGAGGAGCCAGUGAUCCUGACUCUCUCAUCUGAUGAGGAGGAAGAUGAUAAAAAGUCUGGAGUAGGGUCUGCAGCCACUGGAGGUUCAUCUAAUUCCCCUCCAGAAGGGUUCCAACUAGGCCCACCAGAGCCCAUCAGUCAUAAGGAGCCCAUCAUAACAGCUGAUAUGGAAAACUUUGAUGAUGUUGAGGAGGCAGAUACUGGUGGUGCAGUUACUGGUGGAGGUCUACCUGACCUUCAGAGCUUAUUAGAUGGGACUUUGAAAGGUCCCUACACAUCACUGCAGUGCCGAAGCAUCAGAGUGGGCUCAUACAAAGUCAUGCCCAAGGACAGAGUUCUUAUUGUGCCACAAGGUCUCCGGUUAAAGAUCCCUCCCAUCACAGAAGAUUCUAGUGACUCGGUGACAUUUGACAUUCCAAUCAAGAGUAUUAUAAAGAUUCUUGCCCAUUUUGGGCGGUCACUGCCGGUUCUCUUUAUUUACAUUAAGCCAUCAACAGCUGCUAGUAUAAGAAGAUUACUUAAGAUGACAGACAAAACUGGACACUAUUUUGACCCUUGUAGCUAUGAUGAAUCACAGAAACGUAUCACAAUCCUUCCAGAUAGACUGACGGAAGAAAACAAAAACUUGGUCAAGGAAAUUUUAAGUCCCACAAAUUUACAAACAAGCAAUGUCUGCACCACUUCAGCAUAUGUAGGAGCACUUGCUACAACAGUCACAAAUCACUCGUUCUUUCUUCUUAAUGUACCACACCGUGGAUUUGUUCACACCAAAAAACUGGUACAAAGCUUAGUUAAAAAGCCAGUUGCAGCACCCACCACAAAUGAAUCUAAAAUGUUGUUGAUAUACCCACCACCGCCACAGAAAGGAGGAAUCUCCAUUUCCACGGAUGACUAUUGCUGCCUGGAGGAAGAACAGUUUCUCAACGAUGUUAUUAUCGACUUUUACCUCAAGUGGCUACUACAGAGCAAGUUAUCAGAUGUACACCGCGUGCAUACACACGUGUUUUCUACAUUCUUCUACAAACGUCUAACAUCCAAGCCCAAGAAACGAAGACUCAAUGCACCAGAGGAUGACCCCAAGCUUACUGCUGCUGAGAAGAGACACACUCGGGUUAAAUCCUGGACAAAAAAUGUGGAUAUCUUCUCAAAGGACUUUAUCAUUAUACCCAUUAAUGAACAUGCACAUUGGUUUCUUGCCAUUAUAUGCUUUCCUGGCUUAGAUGGUCCUGUGCGGAUGUCGGACGGUCAGCCAGUUCCUCUUCCUGUUCCAGAUAAAUCCAAGAGACGUAGAUCCACCAGACCAAAAAACAGGAUAGAAGUGAGGGAAUCACAGCAAAUCAAUGACGAUGGCAGAGAAAUUAACACCAGAAAAAAGAAUCGGUUUAAUAUUCGUAUUCCUGUUAUUGAUGAUGGGGAGUGGAGUGACCGAGAUGAAGCCGAGGGGGACGAAGAUGAACUGGAGGAGGAUGAAGAGGAGGAUGAGGAAACUCCCCCCAAUAAGAAAAGUAAAGUUGAGGAGCCAGGCCCUGGGGAGACCCAGACUAUCAAAACUGAGACUCCAUCAACCAUCAAACAUAACAUCCUUAUUGAUGUAACACAAGCUGUUGGUGAAGGUUUCUUGAUAGUCACAUCUUGA